AUGUCAGCUAACCAGAUAAUAGGCAAGACUUCUAGAUGGCUGAGAGAUAUAGGCAGCUAUCUCCCUUCUUCUUUAAGAACUUGUUCUCAAGAAGAGUUUAUAAUGCAGUCUCUGGGCAUCGAAGAUUAUUCUCCAACUGAAGCAGUCCAAAUCCAAUUAAUUAAAUGGAGUAAACCUGACGCAAGAUGGCUAAAGGUAAACAUAGAUGGUUCUAUUGGGGGAAAUCUGGGCACAGGAGGAGGAGGAGGGGGAAUAUGCAGAGACCAUAGGGGCGAGCUCAUUGUUGGUUUCCACAAUAGCUAUGGUAGGGUCACAAACACCUAUGUAGAAGCUCAAGCAAUGGCAGACAGAUUGCAAAUCUGUAAAAAUAUGGGCCUGUCAAACAUUAUUGUAGAGUCUGAUUCUUGA